AUGGUGAAGCAAACUCCAUUCGCAAUCACUCUUCUCCCUUUGAUUCUUCUCCUCUUCGUUUUAACAGUUAUAUAUGCAAAUGUUGAAGCAGAAGUGGAAGGGGCAAAUAAGUCAUAUGGGGUAUAUAAUAAGAGCAACAACUCUGUGAAACUGUUUGUGUUUGGGGAUUCGUACGUUGACACCGGGAAUCUCGUGAACUCAGAAUCGUAUAAGCCUCCCUGUGGAAUCACUUUUCCUGGUAAACCUGCUGGAAGGUUCUCCGACGGUCGUGUUCUCACCGAUUACGUUGCUUCCUUUCUGAAAAUUGAAUCUCCCACACCAUAUGCAUUUCGAAAUUCGUCGGAAGUAAAAUACGGUAUGAACUUUGCUUAUGGAGGGACAGGUAUUUUCGAUACUUUGAUUGAUGGACCAAACAUGACUGUCCAAAUCGACUUAUUUGAGAAGCUAAUCGAACAAAAAGUCUACACCAAACACGACCUUGAAUCAUCAAUUGCUCUUGUGAACGCAGCUGGUAACGACUAUGGUACAUUUAUACUUAAAAAUGGGAGCACGCAGGAUAUCCCAGCUUUCAGUGCAUCGCUUAUCAAGCAGAUGUCCCUAAAUCUGAAACGCAUCCACAGCUUUGGAGUAAAUAAAAUAGCAGUUGGGUUAUUAGAACCUGUAGGGUGUAUGCCUAUGUUAACUGCGACAUCUUCGUAUGACAAGUGCAUUGAGAAUUUCAACUUGGUCUCCCAAAAUCACAGCCAAUUGCUGCUCCAAACCGUGCAAGAUCUGAACAACAAAAUGAGAAAACCGGUUUUCGUGACACUGGACCUUUACAACUCUUUCCUCUCCACAAUUGCAACAAUGCAGAAAAAGCGUGCUGAAAACUCAACAGUGACGAAUCCGUUGCAACCUUGUUGUGUGGGAGUGAGUGAGGGAUUUCAUUGUGGGAGUGUGGAUGAGAAAGGAGAAAAGAAAUAUACUCUAUGUGAGAAACCGGAGCUUUCAUUCUUUUGGGACUCAGUUCACCCUUCUCAAAAUGGUUGGAAUGAAGUCUACAAGAUGUUGCAAUCUUCUCUCCCCAAACUUAUAGAUAUAUAA